AAUACAUGUCUGAUGGUAGAAGAUAUCGAUUAUUUUUUAUAAUUUUCACAUGCAACGUGUGCAUAACAUAUGAGACAGUGAUGUCAUUAUCACCUAAAUAAAAUACUCAUUACUGAAAAAAACAACUUUCAAGUACGAAAUGUUCUUUAAUUAUUUCAAACCACCAUUAUCCUAUUUUGGAGUAAUAAAAUUAGAUAGGUCGUGAUAGAUAGCUUUUGUUGCUCAUAAAAGCGUUUGUGUUGUAUUGUCACUUGGGCAUUCAUUAGUAUAUAAGCACAGGAAACACGUAAUUAUUGAGUCAUAGAUAACCUAUUUUAAAAAUGUCACUCAGUGGGUUUGUAGAAUUUUUUCAAAAAGGAAAAACUUUCAGACCAAAAAAAAAAUUCACUCAUGGAACAUUAAGAUAUUCGCUUUAUAAGCAAGCUCAAGCUUCAUUGAAUUCAGGGAUUAAUCUUCGUGCUGCCGUAAAACUACCUUCUGGUGAAGAUCUCAAUGAUUGGAUAGCAGUUCAUGUUGUCGAUUUCUUUAACAGAAUAAAUUUAAUCUAUGGUACUAUUUCUGAGUAUUGCGACUCUGCUUCCUGCCCAACGAUGAGUGGAGGUGCGAGAUUUGAAUAUUUAUGGGCUGAUGGUGAAAAAUACAAAAAACCGACAGCACUUCCUGCUCCUCAAUAUAUAAGUCUUCUCAUGGAUUGGAUCGAAGCACAAAUUAAUAACGAAGCAGUCUUUCCAGUAUCUACUGACGUGCCAUUUCCUAAAACAUUCAUUUCUCUCUGUAAGAAAAUUCUUACUCGGUUAUUCCGAGUUUUUGUUCAUGUUUACAUUCAUCAUUUUGAUAGAAUUGUGGCCAUUGGAGCGGAAGCUCAUGUCAAUACUUGCUACAAACAUUUUUACUAUUUUGUAACUGAAUUCGAAUUGAUUAACUCUAAAGAAUUAGAACCACUCUCUGAAAUGACAUCGAAAGUUUGCAAAGACUCGAUUGUAUCACAAUCCAACACAACUUCUAGCCAAUCUAGAUAGUUAUAGACACUUUUAGUGAUAAACAAUUUUUCACUAAAAUUAUUCUCCGACGAAUCUCUUUUUGGGAACAACAUUGAUGACAGUUUUGACAAUUUUCAAUUUUCUACCGCUUUACUUAAGUAAUCUAGUCAAUAAACUUCUCUAUGAGAUUUGAUGUCUUUGUAAUAUUAUCUCUAAUCAAUGAAUUAUG